ACAGCAAAAUAUGAAAUUAUCUUCAUGAGAUCUAGCUACAAAAUCAAUGAUCGCCUCUAUUUUUGAUACGAGCAGAGCAAGAUUUUGUUACAGGUAUAUAGCAACUUUAUUUUUUUGAAGGUGCCACAAGGCGAUUCCAGAUGCAAUCUCGACCGUUAAAUAUUGAUUGGUAAGUCGACAACAAAAGAGGAGUCCAAAUGCAAUCUCAACCGGUAAUUACUACUGGUGGAUCUCAACCGGUAAUUACUACUGGUGGAUCACUCCAUUCACAAUCACUCAUUAUCUAUCCAUAUUAUCACACGUGGAAAAUUUCGCUAAAAAGCCCACUAAAAGCAUUACAUCAUUUUCUUUUCCACGUCCUCCUCUACUCUCUCCACGGCCACCACAAUCAUAUGGUGUAGAAUCCUCAUUCGGCAACCAUUUCAUGUCCUUUCAAUUCAAUCGUACCAUAAAUUUGAAUCCUUCAUAAGUAGGAACAAACUCCCUUACAGCUAUAUAACAACCCCAAAUCCAACCAAGUAUACAAUUUAUUCAUAUAACUUUGAUUUUAGUCCCCUAGCUAGUUUAAAUAUUUUUCACUUUUAGUUCAAAUGGCCCCCAUUGUGCCGACGGCCCCAGCGGCGGGCAAGUCAGGUGGCCGAGUAAUGAAGUCUAGAGCUUAUGUUACGUUUCUGGCGGGGGACGGAGACUACGUAAAAGGAGUGGUUGGGCUGGCGAAAGGGCUCAGAAAGGUCGGGAGUGCGUACCGACUAGUUGUUGCGGUGCUCCCCGAUGUGCCUGAAGCGCAUCGUCGGAUCCUCGCUACUCAGGGUUGCGUAGUUCGGGAGAUCGAGCCGGUGUAUCCACCGGAGAACCACAUCCGAUUCGCCAUGGCAUACUAUGUCAUCAACUACUCCAAGCUGCGCAUUUGGAAUUUUGAGGAGUAUAGCAAGAUGAUUUACCUGGACGCCGAUAUCCAAGUCUACGACAACGUCGACCACCUCUUCGACCGCCCGGACGGCUACUUGUAUGCGGUGAUGGACUGCUUCUGCGAGAAAACGUGGAGCCACACCCCGCAAUACAAGAUCGGGUAUUGCCAACAGUGCCCCGACAAGGUGAAGUGGCCCGAGCACAGCAAGGUCGCAUGGCCUGCGGAGAUGGGGCCGACUCCUCCCCUCUACUUCAAUGCCGGCAUGUUCGUGUUCGAGCCGGGUCGAGAAAUCUGUGAUAGGCUCCUGGAGACUUUGCGGGUUGUACCGGUCACUCCUUUCGCUGAGCAGGACUUUUUGAACAUGUUCUUUGAGAAAAUCUACAAGCCAAUUCCUCUAGUCUACAACCUGGUUCUAGCCAUGUUAUGGCGCCACCCCGAGAAUGUCGAGCUCGACAACGUCAAGGUGGUUCACUACUGCGCUGCGGGCUCUAAACCGUGGAGGUAUACUGGAAAAGAAGCAAAUAUGGACAGAGAAGAUAUAAAGACACUGGUGGCGAAAUGGCUGGACAUCUACAACGACGAUUCGCUCGACUACGUUGCAGCGGAGAAUGCAGUUCUGCAGGAGACUGCUUGCUCACUUUCUCCGAUCGUGACGGUCGUGACGGAGACGUCGAAUAACAGCUACAUUCCUACACCCUCUGCAGCAUAGAAUGAAUGAGUCACUCAAUAGAUCUUACUACAUAGCUAGGGAGCAAAUCCUCUACACUCAUGGGUGUAUACAUUAAUCCCAGGGUUGAGCCAAUGAGAUACCGCCAUAUGGCUCCAACCAAAAGAAAAGGUCAAAAUGUACCCAGGUGGCGGCCACAUGGCGGUAUUUCAUUGGCUCGCCCCUAGAAUUGUAUAUACCCAGCGGUGUUGAGAAUUUUGCCCUCCUUACUAUAGUGGAAUUAAUGAAGUUUCAAGGAGUUCUCCCACAUUUAUGAGGCAAAAAUUGUAUGGACAUAAUGUCUAAAUUAGCAUUUUUGGGAUGCCCUGGAUUGGCGCCACGUGUCUCGCAGACGUCCAUCCCCACCAUCCCUUUUCCUCCCUCUACUUCUUUCUCUCUCUAAAAAAAUCAUAUUUUUUUAAGAAAAAAAAUGGACGGUGAGAUGGACGUCUACGAGCCAUGUGGCGCCCAUCUGAAGUGUUCCCAAAAAUGUUAAUUUGUACACUAUGUCCAUACAAAUUUUGCUCGCAUUUAUGAUGAUGGUUGUAUCUACUAGUGUAAGGAGGAAAUUAAUGAAUUGUAACAACAUGCGAUUAGUAAUUGUUUUCUUUUUUUAAAAUUA